CAUACACGCGCCCCACCGAUUGCAAGCUUCCAUUGGAUGAGCACAGAAGUUGCGCGUUACCUCCCGCUUCUGUAGCUCUGCAGUGGCCAUGGUUUGAACUAGCUGCAGUGACGCCCCACUAGUAAUACAAACCAGAUUGGAACGUUUGGCUACGUUCAAUUUAUUCAGGGACGCUGUCUGGUGACAACUUAUAAGAAAUCUAUAUAAAGGGAAGUCUCGAACUGCCUUGGAAUCGUCGCAGCACCUUGCAAAGAGAAGGCCACCAUGAACAGGACUUACUUCGUAGCACUUGCAAUCACCAUCCUGCUACUUGCGACAUGCGGCACAAGAGGCGUUGCUGAAGAGAGAUCCGUUCCACUGUCUACUCUUGACUGUGAUUUCGACGACCACAACUUUUGUCACUACACCAACAACCAGUAUGACGACUUUGACUGGACUCUAAAUAGUGGCAACACGUUGAGCUCUGGGACCGGGCCUGACGCAGAUCACACUACGGGAACGACAAGCGGUUUCUACAUUUACACCGAGGCAUCGCCACAAAAUCCAGCCGAUAAAGCUCGAAUAGACAGCAUCAAAGCAACUGCACCUGCUGCUGGCGCCUGUGUUAGAUUUUGGUAUCACAUGUAUGGGGCAGGCAUGGGAACAUUGUCGGUGUACACGGGCGACGGCAAAGGCGGUCUUGGCCCUUCUCGUUGGUCAAAGAGCGGUGAUUCUGGUGACCAGUGGCAAGAGACAUGGAUGGAUAUUGGUCCGGGAAGUGAAUUUCAGAUUGUCUUUGUUGGAGAACGUGGAAGUGACAUUGAAAGUGACAUUGCUGUUGAUGACAUUACCGUUGUGGAAGGGCAAUGUGACUCGGGGAUCAAGGUCUCAGACUUGAAGUGCGACUUUGAUUCCAACACCUUUUGUGCGUACAAAAACAGCCCAAACGAUGACUUUGACUGGCUCCUCAAUAGAGGUUCAACCUUAAGCAGCGGAACUGGGCCCGACGUAGACCACACGACAGGAAAUCCAAGCGGUUUCUACAUAUACAUUGAGGCAUCGCCACAAAACCCCGGUGAUCAAGCUCGACUCGAUGCUGUCAAGGCAACUGCACCUGCUAGUGGCGCCUGUGUUAGGUUUUGGUAUCACAUGUAUGGGGCAGGCAUGGGGACAUUGUCGGUGUACACAGGUGACGACGAAGGGGGUCUUGGCCCUUCUCGUUGGUCAAAGAGCGGUGAUUCUGGUAACGUCUGGCAGGAGGCAUCCAUUAAUAUCUGCUGUGGACACGAAUUUCAGAUUACUUUCAUUGGAGAACGUGGAAGCAGCACUGAAAGUGACAUGGCUGUUGAUGACAUCAUCGUUUUGAAAGGGCAAUGCGACUCCAAUGCCACGCUGUCGGAUCUGAACUGUGAUUUUGAUUCCAACACCUUUUGUGCGUACAAAAACAGCCCAAACGAUGACUUUGACUGGCUCCUCAAUAGAGGUUCAACCUUAAGUAGCGGAACUGGGCCCGACGUAGACCAUACGACAGGAAAUCCAAGCGGUUUUUACAUAUACAUCGAGGCAUCGCCACAAAACCCAGGUGAUCAAGCUCGACUAGAUGCCGUCAGGGCAACUGCACCUGCUUCUGGCGCCUGUGUUAGAUUUUGGUAUCACAUGUAUGGGGCAGGCAUGGGGACAUUGUCGGUGUACACAGGUGACGACGAAGGGGGUCUUGGCCCUUCUCGUUGGUCAAAGAGCGGUGAUUCUGGUGUCGUCUGGCAGGAGGCAUCCAUUAAUAUCUGCUGUGGACACGAAUUUCAGAUUACUUUAAUUGGAGAACGCGGAAGCAGCACUGAAAGUGACAUGGCUGUUGAUGACAUCAUCGUUUCGGAAGGGCAAUGCGACUCCAAUGCCACGCUGUUGGAUCUGAACUGUGAUUUUGAGUCCAACACCUUUUGCACGUACAAAAACAGCCCAGACGAUGACUUUGAUUGGCUCCUUAAUAGAGGUUCAACUUUAAGCAGCAGUACUGGGCCCGACGUAGACCAUACGACAGGAAAUCCGAGCGGUUUCUACAUUUACACCGAGGCAUCGCCACAAAAUCCAGCCGAUAAAGCUCGAAUAGACAGCAUCAAAGCAACUGCACCUGCUGUUGGUGCCUGUGUUAGAUUUUGGUAUCACAUGUAUGGGGCAGGCAUGGGGACAUUGUCAGUGUACACGGGCGACGGCAAAGGGGGUCUUGGCCCUUCUCGUUGGUCAAAGAGCGGUGAUUCUGGUGAUCAGUGGCAGGAGACAUGGAUGGAUAUUGGUCCAGGAAGUGAAUUUCAGAUUAUCUUUGCUGGAGAACGUGGAAGUGGCAUUGAAAGUGACAUUGCUGUUGAUGACAUUACCGUUGUAGAAGGGCAAUGUGACUCGGGGAUCAAGGUCUCAGACUUGAGGUGCGACUUUGAUUCCAACACCUUUUGUGCGUACAAAAACAGCCCAAACGAUGACUUUGACUGGCUCCUCAAUAGAGGUUCAACUUUAAGCAGCGGAACUGGGCCCGACGUAGACCAUACGACAGGAUAUCCAAGCGGUUUUUACAUAUACAUUGAGGCAUCGCCACAAAACCCCGGUGAUCAAGCUCGAUUAGAUGCCGUCAGGGCAACUGCACCUGCUACUGGCGCCUGUGUUAGAUUUUGGUAUCACAUGCAUGGGGCAGGCAUGGGGACAUUGUCAGUGUACACAGGUGACGACGAAGGGGGUCUUGGCCCUUCUCGAUGGUCAAAGAGCGGUGAUUCUGGUGACUUCUGGCAGGAGGCAUCCAUUAAUAUCUGCUGUGGACUCGAAUUUCAGAUUACUUUCAUUGGAGAACGUGGAAGCAGCACUGAAAGUGACAUGGCUGUUGAUGACAUCAUCGUUUUGAAAGGGCAAUGCGACUCCAAUGCUACACUGUUGGAUCUGAACUGCGAUUUUGAUUCCAACACCUUUUGUGCGUACAAAAACAGCCCAAACGAUGACUUUGACUGGCUCCUAAAUAGAGGUUCAACCUUAAGCAGCGGAACUGGGCCCGACGUAGACCAUACGACAGGAAAUCCAAGCGGUUUUUACAUAUACAUUGAGGCAUCGCCACAAAACCCCGGUGAUCAAGCUCGACUAGAUGCCGUCAAGGCAACUGCACCUGCUACUGGCGCCUGUGUCAGAUUUUGGUAUCACAUGCAUGGGGCAGGCAUGGGGACAUUGUCGGUGUACACAGGUGACGACGAAGGGGGUCUUGGCCCUUCUCGUUGGUCAAAGAGCGGUGAUUCUGGUGACUUUUGGCAGGAGGCAUCCAUUAAUGUUUGCCUAAGAAGUGAAUUUCAGAUUACUUUCGUUGGAGAAUGUGGAAGAAGCCCCACUAGUGACAUAGCUAUAGAUGACAUCAUCGUUCUGGAGCAUCAGUGUGACUCAACGGUCCCGCUUUCAGCUCUCAACUGUAACUUCGAUUCGGGAACGUUUUGUUCGUACAACAACAGCCAGAACGACGACUUUGACUGGAUACUCAACAGCGGUUCGACCCCGAGCUAUGGAACUGGGCCCACGGCAGAUCAUACAACAGGAUAUUCAAGAGGGUUCUACAUGUACAUCGAGGCAUCGGCUCCACGAAAUUCUGGCGAUAAAGCUCGAAUAGACGGCGCCAAAGCAAUUGCACCUGCCACUGGCGCCUGUGUUAGAUUUUGGUAUCACAUGUACGGGGGGGACAUGGGGUCCUUAACGGUGUACACAGGCGACUGCAGAGGUGGUCUUGGCCCCUCUCGCUGGUCAAGGAAGGGUGACUCUGGUUCCCUGUGGCGUGAAACGUCGAUUGACAUCGACCCUAAUACGGAGUUUUCGAUUACUUUUGUUGGCGAACGCGGCAUCAGUUUCCUGAGCGACAUAGCUAUCGAUGACAUACGCGUACAGGAAGGGCCAUGUGAUACAUAUAUCCCCUAAAUGUGGCGCAUCUGAAAUGACACAAAAAUCAUGAAACUGUCUAUUCGUUGAACUACUAGUCGACAGAAUUCUCAAGACUGUGAUCGUAGCAAUUCAACAUGACAUUGCUAUUACUUUGCCAACAUGUUUCGAUGUUAAAUAUAAGAUUCCAAUCCCUAAACCUCACUGUGCAGAGGCUAAACAUCCAGCAAAUCUUCAGUAUUUUUAGCAAUAUGUUUACAAACUGAGUUACAGAAAGCGCUUAGAAAAGUGCUUAAUAACUAUAUACAGUUUUUGCAAUUAGACUGGCUUUCAAUUGAUCAUUUAGUUUUAAGUAUCAUCCCAAUAGGCAAUUACAGGUUUCUCUUCCUUCGCUUAUGUCUUAGUUAAUUCAGAAAGUAUUUCAAGAUAUGAAUUUAUUUAAUAAGGGCGUUUUGAAGUUCAGGGCAUCUUUAAAGUAACCUUAUCUUCCAAAUAAUGAUGUUGAAUCAAACUUCAAGUCUGCCUCAAAAGUAAUUCUGUGUCAAAGUCUAGCACUAAAGCUUACCAACCUGGACUCCCAAUAUUUGUUGAAUUUUAAUGAUAGUUGUCGGAACAGAUUUCAGUAUUUGAUAUUAACUUCGAGGUUACUCAGUUAAUUUUUGACUUCGCGCAUAUUUUGUGUCUUUGCUGAGCGGUGUUUAAAGGAGAUAUCCCUGAAAUGGUAGCUUUCAAAUAUAAUUAAACGAAAGCAUCGCGAAUCGAAUUGUAAUGUCUUCUCGUUCCACAAACAACAAUUAAGUGAAUUGCGUAAUGCAUAAUGCACAAUGACAUACUUAGCGCACACGGCGUAUUCCUUUUACAUUUCUUUAACAGUUCACUAUUUUCUUCUUUUUUUCUUUUCAGGUAAAGGAUUUUUGGUUGUGUUUCACUCUUGCAACUUGACUCUGUGGUAAUUUCUAACGUGGGUGUCAUUAAAGAAUUACUCACUUGAAGCUACAACUUA